AGGGUCAAACAAGCCUGCCAGACUCAGAACUCCGCCUCCUCAGUCCAGGAAAUGCUGAGCCGGAGCUUCCGCAAGUUCCUGACUCCCGAACAGCUCUGCAGAGCGUCCUCCUUACCUGUUCAGGUUCCUGGCUCUCAGGCGAUGUCUUGGGAGGAGGGAAGUGGUGAGGCAGCCCCACGUCAGGGUUUCAUCUGCCGCCUGGAUCACCUGGUGAUGACAGUGAGAAGCAUCGCGGAAUCGUCUGCCUUCUACUCUCGGGUACUAGGCAUGGAAGUCAUCUCCUUCAAGGGAAACCGCACGGCCUUACAUUUCGGGAACCAAAAGUUUAACCUCCAUGAGGUGGGGAAGGAGUUUGAACCCAAGGCCCACAGGCCCGUCCCUGGUUCUUUGGACCUCUGCCUCGUCACGGAGAUGCCGCUGGGACAGCUGGUGGAACACCUGAAGGCCUGCGGGGUGAGAAUUGAAGAAGGCCCCGUAUCCAGGACUGGUGCAGUUGGCACAAUAACGUCUAUUUACUUCCGUGACCCAGACCGGAACCUGCUUGAGAUCUGCAAUUACAGCAAUCAGUUAGGACAGGAAUUGUCCUCCUCUAGGCUUGCAGAAGCCACCAUUUAAGUUUGGAAGAAACAGCUAUUUGGGGGUGGGGUGGGGAGAGUGCAAUAGAGAAGAGGGUACUACCAACUCCCCUCCAGCCACUCUGCCCCAUGCUUGAAAUCAUCUCACCCCUUUGUAUUAAAUUGGCAAUCCAACUUUCACACAUGGGCCAGCCACCAGCGGGUAUUGUCCUGCCCUGUGUAUCUCAAAACCCUUAAAAAGCCAAUCCAGCCAAAUGCAUCCAUAAGACCCCUCUCCUCAAUCCACAGUCAGGCAAGACUUUAUAAGGACCAACCAAGCUAUCUCAAAGUCAUGAGUGGAAGCUUUUGAAAAAUCCAGAACUCUUCAUCCUGCAAUGCAGUGGGUGGGGACAGAGA